AUGGAUGGCUGUCUAGAACGCAUACCGUUUGUUUCAUUAAUCGCUCUACUUUUGGUGGUAUGUGGAUCAGGAAUCAUGUGUGGCACAAAUUUCGAGGCACUAAAACGUAUCGACGAUUUCUUUGAAGAUAGAUUUUAUCCAAUAGAUGAGCCUCAAGUCUUCCGAACGUUGGGCAUCAUGGUUUGUGUUCUAACAAUGGUCCUCAGCUUUGCCAAUGUCAUUGUAGGAACAGUAACAACGGGUGACACGCGCUCUAAAGUCUAUUCCGAUAAACACUGUGUUAUGUGCGGUUAUCGUUCGUCGCGUCUUUUGUUACUUCUGGCUUAUUUGGCCACAUUAGUUUGGCUUUUUGUUUUCAUCGCUUUGGCUGUACCGGUUUUUCUUUGGGCAAUGAUACACGUGGUUUGCAGAGAAGAGACAGAUUACUGGCGAAAUAUUAGUGCUGAUAAAGACGAAAGAGAAUUUACCUAUACAUUCAACCUCACUCAUUAUGGCCUUUAUCGUCGACCAUUGGAUACUAGCUUAUGGAAUGAAUACGUGAAUUCACCAAGUGCAUUUACGCAACUUUGUCAAGAGAUUUCUACUAUUGGACCACUAUUUGCAAGUGCUUUGAUCGCAUCCCUCUUGGUUAUUCUAGGUUUGAAUAUAUCCAUCGCGUGUUUAUCUACAGUUCCGGAACGACUGCAGUAUUUCUUUGAAAUUGAUCGUUAUCGAAAACUAGUGAACUCAUCGCCUCAGACAGAUCCAACGUGCUUGGAAGAAUAUUCCCUUCAACCUUUGUUACAACAGCCACGAUCUAUUCAUUCCAUUGGUUCAUGUAUUAAAUCAAAUACACUGCAUUUCCCUCCGGACAACAUGGAUAUGAUUCAUCCUUUCAUGAAUUCAACACCAUCUGGCAUGCGUCUCAUAUCGAAUCCAAACAUAUAUAACGAUUCGCAAAUGUCUCAACAAUUCUAUUCUCACAAACCUGCAAGGCACUCUACUUACUCACAUCAGUCAACUACUUUGAGUAACAAUUACUGAAUCGAAUAAAUAUGCACUAUUUAGUCGUCUCGAUGUAAGGCAAAUGAUCCUCCUGAGAAAAACAUUUUGUCCAUUGAUUGUAUAUCGCAUGCCCACAUCUAUCCGGUCUCGUAUUUGCCUUUAUUCAGUCCUUAAUACAUUUCCAGAAUUCCAUUUUAUUAUCCUCAGGUUUUACUUUCAUUCCAUGUUUGUUUUGUACUCUUGUAUAUAUAAAUGUGCAUUGUAUAACUUUUUCCUUUCUCAUUAUUUUUACUUA